UAACUUCUCUAGUGGAUAAGUUAUUUAUAAAUGUAGAUUUUUUUGUUCUCUGUGGACACAGUAUUGACUGUAUGUUUCGUUAUAUUAUCUUAUCUAUGACUGCAGUUAGUAUGUAUGUCAUUUGAUAUUCUAUCUUGUGGUUGCUGCAAACUAUCUAGAAAGUAACAUGCUAUUUGGUCAAAACAUAUGUUAAUAUAACAGUUAUUCAUAGGCCCAAUUGCACAAGCAAAAGUUUGAUACUAAUUUGAAUUUAUGAGUAUGACGUUUAAUUCACUUUUCAAGGGGUUGUUGUUUCUUGUUAAUCUAGUGUUUUUUAUGGUAGUGAAUUCUUCUGGAAUUUCAGGUUCAUAGGAACACGAGUAUGGUGAAUUUUCGAAGAGUUUUGUUAAUAGAAUAAGAGUUGGCUAUUUAGUAUAGUGGUGAAUUCUUCUAUUGAUCUUGUGGGAAAAUCAAACUAUUUUUAGGAGCAUUCCUAACUUAGAAUGUUUCUUGUAAGGCUGUCAAAUAUUCAAAGAUUUGACAGCUAUUCUUAUUCUAGGAAACUUAUUAAUUUGCUAAUUUAUUUUCUGUAUAUUUGUGAUUUGGUUCACACCUAUCAUAUACUUGUAUAAAUAUAUGUUCACUGAAUAGAAAUAAUAAUAGAUAAAAUUUUCCCAAUAUUUGUGACUUGGUAUGAGAGCCAAACCUACCCUUUCUCUCUCUGCCUUCUUCAUUUCCUUCAACCACCAUGUCAGAUGUUACCCAAGAAUCCACUCCAGCCAUUCCUAAUAUUGUUGAAUCCUCUAAAAUUACCCCUGAAUCUCACCCAGUUCAGAUCACCACCAUUCGACUUAAUGGUGAAAUUUUUUUGAGAUGGUCUCAGUCAAUCCGGACGUACAUGCGAGGACGUGGGAAGAUGGGCUACCUAACGGGAGAGAAGAAGACUCCCAAGGAGGACGAUCCGACGUACGCUGCCUGGGACGCAAAGAACUCUAUGGUGAUGACUUGGCUUGUUAACUCUAUGGAAGAAGACAUCAGCUCCAACUACAUGUGUUACCCAACUGCUAAGGAACUCUGGGACAAUGUAAAUCAGAAGUAUUCUGACUUGGAGAAUCAAUCUCAGAUUUUUGAGUUGAAUCUCAAACUCAGUGACAUAAAGCAAGGUGAGGAUACUAUUACUAAAUAUUUCACUUUUCUUAAAAGAAUAUGGCAGGAUCUUGAUCUCUUUGAUACUUAUGAAUGGAAAUCUACUGAGGAUGGACAACAUCAUAAGAAAACUGUUGAGAAUAAUCGGAUCUACAAGUUCUUGGAUGGCCUUAAUGUCGAGUUUGAUGAGGUAAGGGGGAGAAUUAUUGGUAGAUCACCGCUGCCUCCUAUUAGUGAGGUGUUCGCUGAGGUGAGAAGGGAAGAAAGUCGAAGGAACGUUAUGUUGGGAAAGAAGGCUGCUGGAACUAUUGUUGAGGGAUCAGCCUUGGCUUCCAAUAUGGGAGCAGGAAGCUCUAAACCUGCCUGGAACAAAUCUGAUGAGAAACCACGGGUGUGGUGCGACUUUUGUAACAAACCUCGCCAUACUCGUGAGACUUGCUGGCAGAUUCAUGGAAAACCAGCAAAUUGGAAGAGCAAAUCUGGGCGGGGACGUGGAGCACCUACAGCAAAUGAAGCUGAAACCAGCCCCUUUACCAAAGAGCAAAUGGAGCAUCUUCAAACAUUACUGAAAUCCACUCUGCAACCCUCUGGUAUUUCUGUUGCUUCUGUGGCACAUUCAGGACCGGAGUUCGGGGAAGACGAUUGACAGUGCUAGGAUGAGUAAUGGUCUCUACUAUUUUGAGGAUAUUCUAUCUAAUAAUAAAAUUGCUCAAGGACUUAGUAGUAUCAGUUCUUUUACUGUUUAUGAUCAAAUAAUGAUUUGACACUAUAGAUUGGGCUAUCGUAGUUUCUCUUAUUUAAAACGUUUGUUUCCUGGUUUAUUUAAGAAAUUAAACCCAUUAUCCUUUCGUUGUGAUAGUUCUUUACUGGCCAAGAGUCAACGUAAAUCUUAUAUCCAAAAAUCUUAUUGUCCUUCUAAACCAUUUUACCUUUUUCAUAGUGAUGUUUGAGGACUUUCUAAGGUCACCACAAUUUCUGGUAAAAGAUGGUUUGUUACGUUUAUAGACGACCAUACUCGUCUUUGUUGGGUUUACCUAAUGAAAGAAAAAUCUGAAGUGGCAAAAUUUUUUACCGAUUUUUAUUCUAUGAUUGAAACCCAAUUUCAAACUAAAAUCAGCAUUUUAAGAUCUGAUAAUGGUACAGAAUAUUUUAAUAAAAUUCUGGGCAGUUUUUUUAAGUGAAAAAGGCAUAUUACAUCAAUCUUCAUGUCCUGACACCCCUGAACAAAAUGGCUUAGCUGAACCCAAAAAUAAACAUUUGUUAGAAGUUGUUAGGGCUAUGAUGUUUUACAUGAAUAUGCCUAAAUAUUUGUGGGAAGAUGCUGUACUUACUGCCUCUUAUUUUUUAUUAACAGGAUGCUCACUCGUGUUUUACAGUACUCAACUCCUUUAUCUUGUUUCAAAAAAGGUUUUCCUAGUUCUCGGGUUUAUUCUGAAUUACCCUUAAAAAAUUUUGAUUGGACUGCUUAUGUACACAUUCCUAAAAGGUCUAAGUCUAAAUUUGAACCAAGAGCUGAAAAAUGUGUUUUUCUUGGGUAUCCCCUAAUAAAAAAGGAUAUAAGUGUUUCAAUCCUCUUACAAAAAAAAUUUAUAUUUCAAUGGAUGUUUCUUUCCUGGAACCUACUCCAUAUUUUCAGAAAAAUUUAAUUCAGGAAGAGAAUUUAGAAGAAUCAAAUUUUUGGGAACGUGUUCCUUUACCGAAUAUUAUAUUGGAUGCUUCUCCUUCUCUUAAAGAUGUUCAAACUAUUGAAACUGAAUUUGAAAUUGGUCUGUCAGAUAAAGAAAUACUACGAUUGAUUAAAAAUCGUCAAAAUCUUGAGCCUGUGGUUUAUACUAGAAAAAAUGUCAUUGAAAGAAAUAAAGACCAGCACCUUAUCUCAGAACCUGAUCAAUCUGAAGCCCUGAGUGAUGGUCAUCUGAAUACUCCAGGUAACAAUUCUCAUUCUAUUCAUCCUUUGCCUCCAAGUGUUACUAAUCUUGAAUCCGAGCCUUCUGUAGAAAUAGCACCAAGAAACAUUAACUCAGAUCUGCACCUUCCUAUUGCCAUUAGAAAAGGGACCCGAGCCUGUACUAAAUACCCUAUUGCCAAAUAUAUUUCAUAUAACCAACUGUCUGAAACGCAUAGAGCAUUUACCACAAAUAUUUCAGACCUUGUUGUGCCUAGAAACAUACAGGAAGCACUAGAGGAAUCAGCUUGGAAAUUAGUAGUGUUUGAAGAAAUGAAUGCCUUAAAAAAGAAUGAUACUUGGGAGAUGGUUGAGCUACCUGAGAAGAAAAAAGUUGUAGGCUGUAAGUGAGUUUUUACAGUAAAAACCAAAGCUGAUGGGAGUAUUGAGAGCUAUAAAGCUAGGCUUGUUGCAAAAGGCUUCACUCAAACCUAUGGGAUAGAUUAUCAAGAAACGUUUGCUCCUGUAGCAAAAAUAAACUCUAUUCGAGUGCUUCUUUCCCUUGCAGUGAACUCUAAUUGUCUGUUACAUCAAUUAGAUGUAAAAAAUGCAUUUCUUAAUGGAGAUCUGGAAGAAGAGGUAUUUAUGAGUCCUCCUCCUGGCUUUGAGAAGAGUUUUGAAGGGGGAAAAGUGUGCAAACUGAAGAAGUCCUUGUACGGACUUAAACAGUCUCCAAUAGCAUGGUUCGAGCGUUUUGGAAAGGUGAUAAAACACAAUAGAUACACUCAAAGUCAAGCUGAUCAUACUAUGUUUUAUAAACAUUCAAAGGAAGGUAAAGUUGCUAUCUUAAUUGUUUACGUAGAUGAUAUUGUGCUAAUAGGGAAUGAUCAUUGUGAACUAGAAGCUCUAAAGAAGAAGUUGGCUGAAGAAUUUGAAAUCAAGGACUUGGGUGCAUUAAAAUACUUUCUUGGAAUGGAGUUUGCUAGGUCCAAAGAAUGUAUCUUUAUAAAUCAGCGUAAAUAUGUCCUUGAUCUUCUGAAUGAGACUGGUUUGUUGGGGUGUAAGCCCGCUGAAACACCGGUUGAACCACACGAAAAAUUGCAACCCGCUCAAGAGGAGAAUGUGAAGGACAAAGAGUGCUAUCAAAGGCUGGUUGGAAGACUGAUUUAUCUAUCUCACACGUGUCCAGAUAUAGCAUUCACAGUGAGUAUGAUAAGUCAGUUCAUGCACUCACCUGGACCGAAACACUUCAAAGCUGUUUAUAGAAUUUUGAGAUACUUAAAGGGGACACCUGGGAGAGGACUCAUGUUCAAACCACGAGGUCAUCUACAAAUUGAGACUUAUACAGAUGUGGAUUAGGCUGGUCGUGUAGUGGAUAGAAGGUCUACCUCAGGCUAUUGUUCCUUUGUUGGAGGUAACUUAGUUACAUGGAGAAGUAAAAAGCAGAGUGUGGUUGCUAGAAGUAGUGCUGAAGCAGAAUUUCGAGCUGUUGCUCAAGGUAUUUGUGAGAUCUUGUGGAUAAGAAGGCUACUUGAAGAAUUGAAGGUAUCACAGUCAUCUCCUAUGAAGUUGUAUUGUGAUAACAAAGAAUUGAAGGUAUCACAGUCAUCUCCUAUGAAGUUGUAUUGUGAUAACAAGGCCGUUAUCUCAAUUUCACACAAUCUAGUUUUGCAUGAUCGUACAAAACAUGUGGAAGUGGACAAGCAUUUUAUUAAGGAGAAAAUAGAGGAUGGUUUAGUAUGUAUGACUUAUAUUCCUACUGAACAACAAGUAGCUGAUGUAUUCACAAAAGGAUUGUUUAAAAAACAGCUUGAUUUUUUGAAUAGCAAGCUAACUAUGGAGGAUAUUUUUAAACCAGCUUGAGGGGGAGUGUGGGAAAAUCAAAUUAUUUUUAGGAACAUUCCUAACUUAGAAUGAUUCUUGUAAGGCUGUCAAAUAUUCAAAGAUUUGACAGCUAUUCUUAUUCUAGGAAACUUAUUAAUUUGCUAAUUUAUUUUCUGUAUAUUUGUGAUUUGGUUCACACCUAUCAUAUACUUGUAUAAAUAUAUGUUCACUGAAUAGAAAUAAUAACAGAUAAAAUUUUCCCAAUAUUUGUGACUGAUCUAAUAAGGGUUGGAUAUUAUAGUGAGUCAUAGAAACUUGAGCAUAAUGAAUUAUAGAAGAGUUCAGCCUUCUAUUCAAUAGUCCAAAAAUGGUGGUUAGUAUAUUAAUUAAUCACCUUUUAUUUUGGGGAAGUUUACAUUACAGUUGCUAUACAAUUUAUAGGUAAUGAGAAUAGCUGACAAGGGAGCAGAUAUUGUGCGGAUAACAGUUCAGGGGAAGAAAGAAGCAGAUGCUUGUUUUGAAAUAAAAAAUU